UCAAUUCGUUUAGUUGGGCUUUUGCAGCGGUUCGAAUUGCAUGGACAGCAGAUGAUCGAGAGCACGUUUAGUAGAGCCACAAGCAAGAAAUUUUAAAUUGUAGCUGACGCGAUCGUGCAGUGGUGAUCGCAAAGCGCGAAUUGAGUCUUGUAGGGGGUGGCUGUGAACAAUAGGUGAUCCGAUCGUUAAUCAAUCAGCACAAAAAUAAAGCCUAAGUGGCUUAGUACAAAAAUUUAUUUAAAUAGUGAUCUACAUACUUAAUUGUUUUUGUAAUGUUGAUAUAAAUAAAGAUGUGAAAAAGUGCACAAUUGUGUUUAAUAAGAAGUGCAAGUGAAAUGUGUUAAACAUUACAAUUAAUAUUUCAAAACAGACAUAAAUAUAUAUUUUAGCACCAAGCAGAGGAAAUUUGUUUAUAUAAAUAUGUGGUUGAAUAUUAAAAACUAAAAAUUACUAUACUACUAGAAUUAAAAACUUCACAAAGUGUUCAUAAACAAAAUCACAGAUAAGCUUUAAAAUGUCAAUUUCAAGCGAAUUUUCGCUGUUGGCCGUUGCUCUGUUAGUGUUCGCAGCCACUGCGCAAGCGGAAAACGGAAGCCCACAAUGGAUUUGUACUUCGACUGAAUUGUGCCAUAUCGACAAGGCGGCCAAUAUUGGUGAUGCCCCGCGUUUCGAGAGCCAAAAUGAUUGUCGAUUGUCGUGUGGCAGUUAUGGUGCAAUAUGGCCAUUACCCACUGACGUCUGCACCCUGUCAGAUGAACGUAUACGUUUCGAUCCGUGGAAGGUGAGAUUCAAUGUGGUUGCCCCAGACGCCGCUAGCAUGCAAUAUGUGCGCGAAUCGAAUCGAAUUUUUGUCAGUAAUAUACUAAAGGAGUGUGUGAGGAAUUGCUCGCUGCCCAAUAGCAAAGAGGUGCUAGUAAAGACUACAGUUAGUACAAACAAUCUAGUAUUGGAUUGGAGUACGAAUGAGACCUAUGCGCUGAGUGUUCGAACAAGAGAAAUGGCCACUUUUGUUGAAGUCAAAGCGCGAACAGUAUAUGGCGCUAGGCAUGCGCUUGAGACGCUAAGCAAUCUUAUAACGGGCAGUAAGGAUAAUGGUCUGCUGAUGGUGAAAAAUGCCGAUGUUCGCGACGGACCAGUUUUCUCCCACCGUGGCUUGCUUUUGGACACUGCCCGAAAUUUCAUACCAUUGCGUAUGAUCAGUAGAACUCUGGAUGCUAUGGCAGCGUCAAAGAUGAAUGUACUUCACUGGCAUGUCGUAGACACACAAAGCUUUCCACUAGAAAUUACUCGAGUACCCGAAUUACAGCAAUUUGGCGCUUAUGAGCCCGACAUGGUUUACUCACGCGCCGACACCCACAACAUGGUACGCUAUGCACGCCUGCGCGGUAUACGCAUCAUCAUUGAAAUCGAUGGGCCCUCCCAUGCUGGCAACGGUUGGCAGUGGGGUCCGCUGUCAGGGCUUGGCCACAUGGCGGUGUGUGUUAAUCAACAACCUUGGCGUUCAUAUUGCAUUGAGCCACCAUGUGGCCAAUUAAAUCCGCUUAACGAGAAUAUGUACGGUAUAAUGAAGGAGAUUUAUGAAGAUCUUGCUGAAGUAAAUGCACCAGAAGAGACAAUUCAUAUGGGUGGCGAUGAAGUGUUUAUACCCUGCUGGAAUAGUACGACGGAAAUAACGAGACGCAUGCGUGACAUGGGUUUUGAUUUAAGUUAUAGCAGUUUUUAUAAAUUAUGGUCGGAGUUUCAUCAGAAAAACUUGGACUCAUGGGAUAAUGUAACACAACGACAGUAUCCACGUAUUGCAGUACCCAAAUCGGUUAUACUGUGGUCCAGUCAUUUGACUGACCCCGAUAUAAUAGUUGACCACUUGCCCAAAGAACGUUACAUCAUACAAACGUGGGUAGAGUCGGAUAAAACGCUGAACAAAGGUUUAGUGAAGAAGGGAUAUCGCAUUAUAGUAUCAACGAAAAAUGCUUGGUAUUUGGACCAUGGUUUCUGGGGGUAUACAAGCUACUAUAAUUGGAAGAAAGUAUAUGACAACCGCAUGGAAGUGCAUCCGUUGGUAUUGGGCGGAGAGGUCUGCAUGUGGAGCGAGUUUGUGGAUCAAAAUUCUGUGGAAUCACGCAUUUGGCCACGAGCUGGUGCUGCAGCCGAACGACUGUGGGCGAAUCCGGAACAUUCUAGUGUACUGGUGCAGUCACGAUUUCUACGGUAUCGCGAACGCCUUUUAUCACGUGGCAUAAAAGCUGACGCGGUUAUUCCGAAAUGGUGUGUACUGAAUGAGGGUCAAUGUUUAUAGAUAUUUAUUCAAAUUUAUAUGUACCUUAACAAAUAAAACUGAAAAAUAUGCCUUGUUAUACUCUGAAACUUAAAA